GUACGGUACUGAAGGAGGUACCAUAGGAUUUUCGGAGAUGCAGAAAGCAGAGCUGGUGUUCGUCCCAACUCCCGGCGCCGGUCACUACAUAUCCGCCGUAGAGUUCGCAAAGCGCUUAAUCCACACAGACGAUCGCUUCUCUGUUACCAUACUCCAUAUGCGUUCAUCACUCCAUCCCCAUACAGAUCCAUACAACACAUCUCUCCUUGCCUCUGAAACCCAUCUCCGUAUCAUUGACCUCCCUCCUGUAGAUCCACCUCCAUCCCAUCUAAUCCACAAAUCUGUAGAACACUAUAUACUACUUUACUUUGAAAGCUUCAUCCCUCAUGUCAAAGAUGCCAUCACCCACCUUAUGUCAAAUCCAGACUCAGUCCCACUCGCCGGGUUAAUCCUUGAUUUCUUCUGUCUUCCCAUGAUUGAUGUGGCCAAGGAACUGGGCCUCCCUUCUUAUCUAUACCUCACCUCUGGUGCUGGUUUUCUUGGCCUCAUGCUCUACCUCCCAACUCGCCAUAGCCAAAUCGGCACUGAGUUUGAAGACUCGGAUCCUGAUCUGGAGCUCCGGAGUUUCGUCAACCCAGUUCCUGUUCGCGUUUUGCCUGAAGCCGUGAGUAACAAGCAUGGUGGUUACGCUGCUUACAUAAAGGUUGCUCAGAGGUUCAGAGAGGCUAGGGGCAUUAUAGUAAAUACGUUUUCCGAGUUGGAGCCUUACGCCGUUGAGUCGUUCGCCGAUGGUCAGACCCCCCCGGUGUACACGGUAGGACCGGUUCUUGACCUCGGGGGUCAGGCUCAUUCCUGUUCAGACCGGGUUGACCACGGUAAGAUCAUGGGGUGGCUUGACGCUCAGCCGGAAUCGUCCGUGGUGUUCCUCUGCUUUGGAAGCAUGGGGACCUUCGACGCGCCCCAGGUGAGGGAGAUCGCCCUUGGGCUCGAGCGCAGCGGCCACAGGUUCCUCUGGGCCCUGCGUCUGCUGAGGCUCGAUGGCAAACUCGGUGGAAGCUCUGAUGGCACGGAACUCAGCGAUAUCUUGCCUGAGGGGUUCCUGGAUCGAAUCGGAGAGAGGGGAAUGAUCUGCGAGUGGGCACCGCAAAUGGAAGCGCUGAGCCACAAAUCAAUCGGAGGGUUCGUAUCCCACUGCGGGUGGAACUCCAUCUUAGAGAGCAUAUGGAACAGUGUACCGGUGGCGACCUGGCCCAUGUAUGCAGAACAGCAGCUGAAUGCCUUUGGACUGGUGAAGGAACUGGGAUUAGCAGUGGAAAUGAGACUGGACUAUCGACAGAUUGGGGGAGAAGUAGUAAUGGCGGAAGAGAUAGAUGGUGCAAUAAGAUGUGUGAUGGAGCAUGAUAGCAUGGUGAGGAAAAAGGUGAAAGAAAUGGGAGAGAUGAGCAGGAGGGCUGUGAUGGACGGUGGGUCUUCCUCCAAGUCCCUUGGACGCCUGAUCGCGGAUAUCAUUAAUCAUCCCCAGUUCCCGACUAACACUAACUAGUUUAUUGCUUUGUGUGAUCACGUGGGCUUUCUUCUUUCCUUCGUAAUAAAAAAAUGUUAAAUAAAUGAAUAUAAUAAAAUAGAAGAGAGGCGGUGGAAUAAUUGAGUGGAUUGGGUGUUGGACAUGCCAAGACACAAUCAUUACUUCUCAUAGCCUGGCCCACCACUGACCACACCGCAAUUAUUAUAUCAUGAGGAUGAAGUACAAAGUCAUCAUUUUAUCAA